AUGGAGCAACAAUUACGCGCUUGGUUACGCUACUCCAUAGUAUUUGGGCUCUAUACGCAGUCAUGCGAAGAACAUACUACCAAUAAAAUCGAAUACUGCUCACCUUCGAGUCCAGCAGCCCGACAAAAUAAGCGACCGGCAUGGUGUGUAAGCAUAAAAAUCAACUGCCAUCAACGCUUAAAAAAUGCUUACCUGUAUGCGCUUCUUCCAUGGAUUUGCGCACUUUACGUGAAUGGCCUGGUCUGGCGUAGACCCAUACCGGGCACUAUGCUCAGCUGGUUGGUGGCCACACUAUUUUUCACUUCUCAAACGCUUUCGACUUUGCUUAUUGCAGCUGAGGGCAUUUGGCGACAGCAGGAGCAUGAGGAGUUUCUACGGCUGCUGCAAGAGAUUGAGCUAUCGCUUAAAUUGCGCCUAAAACAGGAUAUAAAACUCGACUGGUUGGCGCAAUAUGUGCGCUUCCUUUUGAAAUAUCUGCUAUCGAUUUCGUUCAUUUGUUAUGGCUUGUUUAUUUACAACUUUGCGCCAUUGCAAUAUGUCGGCUACUUUUGGAAUUCAAUUUGGUUUGCACUGACAAUGCGUUUUCGCUUACUCCAACUGAUGAUUUAUGUACGUGUACUGCAGCAUUAUAUGGAGUGCCUCUGCGUGAAGGUGCGCCAAGUUGUAGCCUAUCGCACGGCACCGAGUCAACAGCUGAUGGACAUUGACUACGCGAAGCUGCAAUCGCUCGAAUGCCUUCUGGCUAUCAAAGAGAUUUACUCGUUACUUUUCAGGGGGUUUCAAUUGCUCAUAAACUUUGCAGGUUGGUCGCUAUUCAGCAUUAUAACUAGUUACAUGUUGGACUACGGUUGCACACUCUAUUGGGCAAUGCUCAGCUGGGAAGGCUACCUGGAACGUCGCAACUACUAUAUCGCCUGCUUUUGGUGGCUUUUGCCUAUGACAGCAAUUAUUUGGCAUCUUUGCUCGUGGUGCGAUAAUUGCAUUAAGCUGGAUCGCUCUCUGGCAGCGCUAAUGACCAAAAUAAUCAUUAGUCGUUUUUCGAAGUCAUUGCGCUCGUAUCGUCUCUUAGUUCAUCAAUUCUCGACACAACUACAGCUGCAACGCAUUGAAGUAACAGCUACGAAUUUUUUCACGCUGGACUUGCGCUUGAUCAUGUCGAUCGGCAUAGCUAUAGCUACCUAUUUGGUAAUAGUAAUUCAAUUCUUGAGUAUAUAA